AUGUUUUGUUUUAGAGCAGCGGUAUGAAUGAGAUGGAAUGCAUUGUGUUUGUUAUGCUAGCUCUAUAAUGCGGUAUUCAAUCCCCUCUACAUGACCUUUCUGUAGGCUUUAAUACUUACUGAGUUACUGUAUAUACAUGUUACUGUACAGAGGGUAGUACCGUAUGUUCUCUCUACUACCGCACGGCAAGCGGUACCGGAGCGCUGGGACCAAAAGGCUCCUGAACAGCUUCUACCCCAAAGCUAUAAGACUUCUGAACAGCUAAUUUAAACGGCUACCCAGACUUUAUGCUUUUCACCCCCUACCUACAUGUACAUCAAUCAAUCACCUAACCAAACCUACCAAAUUACCUCAAUCAAUCACCCCAACUACCUCAAAUCAAAUAUUAUUUGUCACAUGCGCCGAAUACAACAGGUGUAGACAUUACAGUGAAAUGCUUACUUACAAGCCCUUAACCAACAAUGCAGUUUUAAGUAAAAUAUGUGUGAAGUAAAAAAUAGAUAACUAAAAAAUAAAUAUAUAACAAAUAAUUAAAGAGCAGCAGUAAAAUAACAGUUUUUCCUACUUACAAAGCAUGUAGAGGUCUGUCAUUUUUAUCAUAGGUACACUUAAACUGUGAGAGACGGAAUCUAAAACAAAAAUCCAGAAAAUCACAUUGUAUGAUUUUUAAAUAAUUAAUUUGCAUUUUAUUGCAUGACAUAAGUAUUUGAUCACCUACCAACCAGUAAGAAUUCCAGCUCUCACAGACCUGUUAGUUUUUCUUUAAGAAGCCCUCCUGUUCUCCACUCAUUACCUGUAUUAACUGCACCUCUUUGAACUCGUUACCUGUAUAAAAGACACCUGUCCACACACUCAAUCAAACAGACUCCAACCUCUCCACAAUGGCCAAGACCAGAGAGCUGUGUAAGGACAUCAGGGAUAAAAUUGUAGACCUGCACAAAGCUGGGUUGGGCUACAGGACAAUAGGCAAGCAGCUUGGUGAGAAGGCAACAACUGUUGGUGCAAUUAUAAAAAAAUGGAAGAAGUUCAAGAUGACGGUCAAUCACCCUCGGUCUGGGGCUCCAUGCAAGAUCUCACCUCGUGGGGCAUCAAUGAUCAUGAGGAAGGUGAGGGAUCAGCCCAGAACUACACGGCAGGACCUGGCCAAUGACCUGAAGAGAGCUGGGACCACAGUCUCAAAGAAAACCAUUAGUAACACACUACGCCGUCAUGGAUUAAAAUCCUGCAGCGCACGCAAGGUUCCCCUGCUCAAGCCAGCGCAUGUCCAGGCCCGUCUGAAGUUUGCCAAUGACCAUCUGGAUGAUCCAGAGGAGGAAUGGGAGAAGGUCAUGUGGUCUGAUGAGACAAAAAUAGAGCUUUUUGGUCUAAACUCCACUCGCCGUGUUUGAAGGAAGAAGAAGGAUGAGUACAACCCCAAGAACACCAUCCCAACCGUGAAGCAUGGAGGUUGAAACAUCAUUCUUUGGGGAUGCUUUUCUGCAAAGGGGACAGGACGACUGCACCGUAUUGAGGGGAGGAUGGAUGGGGCCAUGUAUCGCGAGAUCUUGGCCAACAACCUCCUUCCCUCAGUAAGAAAAUUGAAGAUGGGUCGUGGCUGGGUCUUCCAGCAUGACAACGACCCGAAACACACAGCCAGGGCAACUAAGGAGUGGCUCCGUAAGAAGCAUCUCAAGGUCCUGGAGUGGCCUAUCCAGUCUCCAGACCUGAACCCAAUAGAAAAUCUUUGGAGGGAGCUGAAAGUCCGUUUUUCCCAGCGACAGCCCUGAAACCUGAAGGAUCUGGAGAAGGUCUGUAUGGAGGAGUGGGCCAAAAUCCCUGCUGCAGUGUGUGCAAACCUGGUCAAGACCUACAGGAAAUGUAUGAUCUCUGUAAUUGCAAACAAAGGUUUCUGUACCAAAUAUUAAGUUCUGCUUUUCUGAUGUAUCAAAUACUUAUGUCAUGCGAUAAAAUGCAAAUUAAUUACUUAAAAAUCAUACAAUGUGAUUUUCUGGAUUUUUGUUUUAGAUUCCGUCUCUCACAGUUGAAGUGUACCUAUGAUAAAAAUUACAGACCUCUACAUGCUUUGUAAGUAGGAAAACCUGCAAAAUCGGCAGUGUAUCAAAUACUUGUUCUCCCCACUGUAUGUACAUGUAGGUGGAGUUAAAGUAACUAUGCAUAUAUAAAAAACAGAGAGUAGCACCAGCGUAAAAGAGGGGGGGGGGGACAAUGCAAAUUGUCCGGGUAGCCAUUUGAUUAGAUGUUCAGGAGUCUUAUGGCUUGGGGUUAGAAGCUGUAAAGAAGCCUUUUGGACCUAGACUUGGUACUCCGGUACCGCUUGCCGUGUGGUAGCAGAGAGAACAGUCUAUGACUAGGGUGGCUGGAGUCAUUGACAAUUUUUAGGGACUUCCUCUGACACCGCCUGGUAUAGAGGUUCUGGAUGGCAGGAAGCUUGGCCCCAGUGAUGUACUGGGCCGUACGCACUACCCUCUGUAGUGCCUUGCGGUCAGAGGCCAAGCAGUUGCCAUACCAGGCAGUGAUGCAACCGGUCAGGAUGCUCUCGAUGGUGCAGCUGUAUAACUUUUUAAGGAUCUGAGGACCCAUGCCAAAUCUUUUCAGUCUCCUGAGGGGGAAUAGGCUUUGUUGUGCCCUCUUCACGACUGUCUUGGUGUGUUUGGACCAUGAUAGUUUGUUGGUGAUGUGGACACCAAGGAACUUGAAGCUCUCAACCUGCUCCACUACAGCCCCGUCGAUGAGAAUGGGGGCAUGCUCGGUCCUCCUUUUCCUCUAGUCCACAAUCAUCUCCUUUGUCUUGAUCACGUUGAGGGAGAGGUUGUUAUCCUGGCACCACACGGCCAGGUCUCUGACCUCCUCCCUAUAGGCUGUCUCAUCAUUGUCGGUGAUCAGGCCUACCACUGUUGUGUCGUCGGCGAACUUAAUGAUGGUGUUGGAGUCGUGCCUGGCCAUGCAGUCAUGGGUUAACAGGGAGUACAGGAGGGGACUGAGCACGCACCCCUGAGGGGCCCCCGUGUUGAGGAUCAGUGUGGCAGAUUUGUUGUUACCUACCCUUACCACCUGGGGGUGGCCCGUCAGGAAGUCCAGGAUCCAGUUGCAGAGGGAGGUGUUUAGUCCCAGGGUCCUUAGCUUAGUGAUGAGCUUUGAGGGCACUAUGAUGUUGAAUGCUGAGUUGUAGUCAAUGAAUAGCAUUCUCACAUAGGUGUUCCUUUUAUCCAGGUGGGAAAGGGCAGUGUGGAGUGCAAUAGAGAUUGCAUCAUCUGUGGAUCUGUUGGGGCGGUAUGCAAAUUGGAGUGUGUCUAGGGUUUCUGGGAUAAUGGUGUUGAUGUGAGCCAUGACCAGCCUUUCAAAGCACUUCAUGGCUACAGACGUGAGUGCUAUGGGUCGGUAGUCAUUUAGGCAGGUUAUCUUAGUGUUCUUGGGCACAGUUACUAUGGUGGUAUGCUUGAAACAUGUUGGUAUUACAGACUCAGUCAGGGACAGGUUGAAAAUGUCAGUGAAGACACUUGCCAGUUGGUCAGCACAUGCUCGGAGUACACGGCCUGGUAAUCCGUCUGGCCCUGCGGCCUUGUGAAUGUUGACCUGCUUAAAAGUCUUACUCACAUCGGCUACGGAGAGCGUUAUCGCACUGUUGUUCGGAACAGCUGGUGCUCUCAUGCAUGCUUCAGUGUUGCUUGCCUCGAAGCGAGCAUAGAAGUGGUUUAGCUCAUCUGGUAGGCUUGCGUUACUGGGCAGCUCGCGGCUGUGCUUCCCUUUGUAGUCUAUAAUAGUUUUCAAGCCCUGCCACAUCCGACGAGCAUCGGAACCGGUGUAGUAGGAUUCGAUCUUAGUCCUGUAUUGACGCUUUGCCUGUUUGAUGGUUCGUCUGAGGGCAUAGCGGGACUUCUUAUAAGCGUCCGGGUUAGAAUCCCGCGCCUUGAAAGCGGCAGCUCUAUCCUUGUUGCCUGUAAUCCAUGGCUUCUGGAUGGGGUCUGUACGGUCACUGUGGGGACGAUGUCGUCGAUGCACUUAUUGAUGAAGCCGGUGACUGAUGUGGUGUACUCUGUAGCUCAGUUGGUAGAGCAUGGCGCUUGCAACGCCAGGGUUGUGGGUUCGUUUCCCACGGAGGGGCAGUAUGAAAAUGUAUGCACUCACUAACUGUAAGUCGCUCUGGAUAAGAGCGUCUGCUAAAUGACUAAAAUGUAAAUGCCAUCGGAAGAAUCCCGGAACAUAUUCCAGUCUGUGCUAGCAAAACAGUCCUGUAGCUUAGCAUCUGCGUCGUCUGACCUCUUCUUUAUUGACCGAGUCACUGGUGCUUCCUGCUUUCGUUUUUGCUUGUAAGCAGGAAUCAGGAGGAUAGAGUUAUGGUCAGAUUUGCCAAAUGGAGGGCGAGGGAGAGCUUUGUGCGCGUCUCUGUGUGGAGUAAAGGUGGUCUAGUGUUUUUUUUACCGGAGGCAGCUGUUCUAUUUUGUCGAUGCAGCGUAUAUCCCGCCAGCUGUAUGUUAUCCAUGUCGUCGUUCAACCACGACUCAGUGAAACAUAAGAUAUUACAGUUUUUAAUGUCUUGCUGGUAGGAUAACCGUGAUCGUCUGUUUUAUUAUCCAAUGAUUGAAGAUUGGCUAAUAGGAUUGAUGGAAGAGGCAGUUUACUCGCUCGCCGUCGGAUCCUUACAAGGCACCCCGACCUACGUCCCCGAUAUCUCAGUCUCUUUCUCCUGCGAAUGACGGGGAUUUGGGCCUUGUCGGGUGUCUGAAGAAAAUCCUUUGCGUCCGACUCAUUAAAUAAACAUUAUUUGUCCAGUACGAGGUGAGCAAUCGCUGUCCUGAUAUCCAGAAGCUAUUUUCGGUCAUAAGAGACGGUGGCAGAAACAUUAUGUACAAAAUAAGUUACAAAUAACGUGAAAAAACACACACAAUCGCACAAUUGGUUAGGAGCCCGUAAAACGGCAGCCAUCUUCUCCGGCGCCAUUCUUUCACUUUUUACCCCAGUACACUGUACACUGACUCGGUCCCGGUGCUCCUUGUAUAUAGCCUGUAUAUAGCCUUGUUAUUGUUAUUUUAUUGUGUUACUAUUUUAUUUUAUCGAUUUGUUAAUUGUCUUACUUUUGUAUAUUAAUGCAUAUCAAUGUCCUGUUUUCAUUUACAGAGUGUUGGGAACUCGCAGCGUGAAUAUGAGAAACACGUGCAGCUGUACAGUAUCCGCAACCAGCUAAGGUUCCGCAAUAACCUAGGUGAGUGGGAGGAGUCAGCAUGGGAGGAGUCAGCAUGGGAGGAGUCAGCAUGGGAGGAGUCAGCAUGGGAGGAGUCAGCAUGGGAGGAGUCAGCAUGGGAGGAGUCAGCAUGGGAGGAGCCAGCAUGGGAGGAGCCAGCAUGGGAGGAGUGGAAUGCAUGGCAAUCUCAAGCUUGUCAGAAUAACUAUGUUGUAGGCUACAAUAUCCACCCCUCAUUUCAGGGCAAGCACAGAAAGUGUUCACACCCCUUGACUUUUUCCAGAUUUUGUUGUGUUACAAAGUGGGAUUAAAAUGGAUUACAUUUUCAUUUUUUGUAAACAAUCUACACAAAAUACUCUGUCAAAGUGGACAUUUGUAAAACAUUUAUGAGAAAUAAAACACUAUAAUAUCUUGAUUUAGAUAAGUAUUCAACCCCCGGAGACAUGUUACCUUUGGCAGCAAGUACAGCUGUGAGUCUUUCUGGGUAAGUCUCUAAGAACUGUCCACACCUGGAUUGUGCAACAUUUGCCCGUUAUAAUUCUUCAAGCUUGUUGACCAUUGCUAGACAACCAUUUUCAGGUCUUGCUAUAGAUUUUCAAGCAGAUUUAAGUCCAAAAUGUAACUCAGCCACUCAGGAACAUUCACUUUCUUGGUAAGCAACUCCAGUGUAGAUUUGGCCUUGUGUUUUAGGUUAUUUUCCUGCUGAAAGGUGAAUUCAUCUCCCAGUGUCUGGUGGACAGCAGACUGAACCAGGUUUUCCUCUAGUCUCCCAGUGUCUGGUGGAAAACAGACUGAACCAGGUUUUCCUCUAGGAUUUUGCCUGUGCUUAGCUCCAUUCAGUUAAUUUUUUAUCCUGAAAAACUCCCCAGUCCUUAACGAUUACAAUCAUACCCAUAACAUGAUGCAGCCACCACUAUGCUUGAAAAUAUGGAGAGUGGUACUCAGUAAUGUGUUGUAUUGGAUUUGCCUCAAACAUAACACUUUGUAUUCAGGACAAAAAGUGAAUUGCUUUGCCACAUUUGUUGCAGUAUUACUUUACUGCCUUGUUGCAAACAGGAUGCAUGUUUUGCAAUAUUUGUAUUCUGUCACUUUGUCAAUUAGGUUAGUGUUGUGGGGUAACUACAAUGUUGUUGAUCCAUCCUCAGUUUUCUCCUAUCACAGCCAUUAAACUUCGUAACUGUUUUAAAGUCACUGUUGGCCUCAUGGAGAAAUACCUGAGCGUUUUCCUUCCUCUCUGGCAGUCAGGAAGGUGUAUUGAUACACCAUCCAAAGUGUAAUUAAUAACUUCACCGUGCUCAAAGGGAUAUUGAAUGUCUGCUUUUUUUACCCAUCUACCAAAAGGUGCCCUUCUUUGCGAGGCAUUGGAAAACCUCCCUGGUCAUUGUGGUUCAAUCUGUGUUUGAAAUUCACUGCUUGACUGAGGGACCUUACAGAUAAUUGUUUGUGUGGGGUACAGAGAUGAGGCAGUCAUUCAAAAAUCAUGUUAAACAGUAUUAUUGCACACAGAGUGAGUCCAUGCAACUUAUUAUGUGACUUGUUAAGCACAUUUUUACUCCUGAACUUAUUUAGGCUUGCCAUAACAAAGGGGUUGAAUACUUAUUGACUCAAGACAUUUCAGCUUUUAAUUUGUUAUUAAUUUGUCAACAUUUCUAAAAACAUAAUUCCACUUUGACGUUAUGGGGUGUUGUGUGUAGGCCAGUGACACAAAUAUAUAAAUGUAAUCAAUUUUAAAGGUCCCAAACAGUCAUUCUGAUUCCCAUGUAAAAUAGCCUUUUGAGUGACUAAAAUAUCUACCAUAAAACAAUUUUGGGAUAGAAUUGCUCAUCAUUUUAGAUAAAAAAAAUAAUAAUCUGGUGACUAUCUACCAGGAAGUUUGAAAAGACAGGUUUAGUGGGCAGGGAUCUUAUAUUCAUGAGCUUGCGUUGACUGACAGCUCUUUGAAACAUCAAUGUCAAGAAACUUGGACGCAGUAAAAUCAUCUCAAGCAAAUAUGGUGAUACACGAAGCAACUCAAACAAAAACUGAAAUUGCAUCAAUGAUUUUUUCUAUACUUCCCCCGUUUGGCCUCUUGUGAUGCGGUUCACAGCAGCACUGACGGAUGUGUUGACACAGAUGAAGACCUAGCUAGCCAGUAACUUGCUAACACCAGACAGAUGAAGACCUAGCUAGCCAGUAACUAGCUAACACCAGACACAGAUGAAGACCUAGCUAGCCAGUAACUAGCUAACACCAGACAGAUGAAGACCUAGCUAGCCAGUAACUAGCUAACACCAGACAGAUGGAGACCUAGCUAGCCAGUAACUAGCUAACACCAGACAGAUGAAGACCUAGCUAGCCAGUAACUAGCUAACACCAGACAGAUGAAGACCUAGCUAGCCAGUAACUAGCUAACACCAGACAGAUGAAGACCUAGCUAGCCAGUAACUAGCUAACACCAGACAGAUGAAGACCUAGCUAGCCAGUAACUAGCUAACACCAGACAGAUGAGGACCUAGCUAGCCAGUAAUUAGCUAACACCAGACAGAUGAAGACCUAGCUAGCCAGUAACUAGCUAACACCAGACACAGAUGAAGACCUAGCUAGCCAGUAACUAGCUAACACCAGACACAGAUGAAGACCUAGCUAGCCAGUAACUAGCUAACACCAGACAGAUGAAGACCUAGCUAGCCAGUAACUAGCUAACACCAGACACAGAUGAAGACCUAGCUAGCCAGUAACUAGCUAACACCAGACAGAUGAAGACCUAGCUAGCCAGUAACUAGCUGACACCAGACAGAUGAAGACCUAGCUAGCCAGUAACUAGCUAACACCAGACACAGAUGAAGACCUAGCUAGCCAGUAACUAGCUAACACCAGACACAGAUGAAGACCUAGCUAGCCAGUAACUAGCUAACACCAGACAGAUGAAGACCUAGCUAGCCAGUAACUAGCUAACACCAGACAGAUGAAGACCUAGCUAGCCAGUAACUAGCUAACACCAGACAGAUGAAGACCUAGCUAGCCAGUAACUAGCUAACACCAGACACAGAUGAAGACCUAGCUAGCCAGUAACUAGCUAACACCAGACAGAUGAAGACCUAGCUAGCCAGUAACUAGCUAACACCAGACAGAUGAGGACCUAGCUAGCCAGUAACUAGCUAACACCAGACAGAUGAAGACCUAGCUAGCCAGUAACUAGCUAACACCAGACACAGAUGAAGACCUAGCUAGCCAGUAACUAGCUAACACCAGACACAGAUGAAGACCUAGCUAGCCAGUAACUAGCUAACACCAGACAGAUGAAGACCUAGCUAGCCAGUAACUAGCUAACACCAGACACAGAUGAAGACCUAGCUAGCCAGUAACUAGCUAACACCAGACAGAUGAAGACCUAGCUAGCCAGUAACUAGCUAACACCAGACAGAUGAAGACCUAGCUAGCCAGUAACUAGCUAACACCAGACACAGAUGAAGACCUAGCUAGCCAGUAACUAGCUAACACCAGACAGAUGAAGACCUAGCUAGCCAGUAACUAGCUAACACCAGACAGAUGAAGACCUAGCUAGCCAGUAACUAGCUAACACCAGACAGAUGAAGACCUAGCUAGCCAGUAACUAGCUAACACCAGACAGAUGAGGACCUAGCUAGCCAGUAACUAGCUAACACCAGACAGAUGAAGACCUAGCUAGCCAGUAACUAGCUAACACCAGACAGAUGAAGACCUAGCUAGCCAGUAACUAGCUAACACCAGACACAGAUGAAGACCUAGCUAGCCAGUAACUAGCUAACACCAGACAGAUGAAGACCUAGCUAGCCAGUAACUAGCUAACACCAGACACAGAUGAAGACCUAGCUAGCCAGUAACUAGCUAACACCAGACAGAUGAAGACCUAGCUAGCCAGUAACUAGCUAACACCAGACAGAUGAAGACCUAGCUAGCCAGUAACUAGCUAACACCAGACACAGAUGAAGACCUAGCUAGCCAGUAACUAGCUAACACCAGACAGAUGAAGACCUAGCUAGCCAGUAACUAGCUGACACCAGACAGAUGAAGACCUAGCUAGCCAGUAACUAGCUAACACCAGACAGAUGAAGACCUAGCUAGCCAGUAACUAGCUAACACCAGACACAGAUGAAGACCUAGCUAGCCAGUAACUAGCUAACACCAGACAGAUGAAGACCUAGCUAGCCAGUAACUAGCUAACACCAGACACAGAUGAAGACCUAGCUAGCCAGUAACUAGCUAACACCAGACAGAUGAAGACCUAGCUAGCCAGUAACUAGCUAACACCAGACAGAUGAAGACCUAGCUAGCCAGUAACUAGCUAACACCAGACACAGAUGAAGACCUAGCUAGCCAGUAACUAGCUAACACCAGACAGAUGAAGACCUAGCUAGCCAGUAACUAGCUAACACCAGACAGAUGAAGACCUAGCUAGCCAGUAACUAGCUAACACCAGACACAGAUGAAGACCUAGCUAGCCAGUAACUAGCUAACACCAGACACAGAUGAAGACCUAGCUAGCCAGUAACUAGCUAACACCAGACAGAUGAAGACCUAGCUAGCCAGUAACUAGCUAACACCAGACAGAUGAAGACCUAGCUAGCCAGUAACUAGCUAACACCAGACAGAUGAAGACCUAGCUAGCCAGUAACUAGCUGACACCAGACAGAUGAAGACCUAGCUAGCCAGUAACUAGCUAACACCAGACAGAUGAAGACCUAGCUAGCCAGUAACUAGCUAACACCAGACACAGAUGAAGACCUAGCUAGCCAGUAACUAGCUAACACCAGACAGAUGAAGACCUAGCUAGCCAGUAACUAGCUAACACCAGACACAGAUGAAGACCUAGCUAGCCAGUAACUAGCUAACACCAGACAGAUGAAGACCUAGCUAGCCAGUAACUAGCUAACACCAGACAGAUGAAGACCUAGCUAGCCAGUAACUAGCUAACACCAGACACAGAUGAAGACCUAGCUAGCCAGUAACUAGCUAACACUAGACAGAUGAAGACCUAGCUAGCCAGUAACUAGCUAACACCAGACAGAUGAAGACCUAGCUAGCCAGUAACUAGCUAACACCAGACAGAUGAAGACCUAGCUAGCCAGUAACUAGCUAACACCAGACAGAUGAGGACCUAGCUAGCCAGUAACUAGCUAACACCAGACAGAUGAAGACCUAGCUAGCCAGUAACUAGCUAACACCAGACAGAUGAAGACCUAGCUAGCCAGUAACUAGCUAACACCAGACAGAUGAGGACCUAGCUAGCCAGUAACUAGCUAACACCAGACAGAUGAAGACCUAGCUAGCCAGUAACUAGCUAACACCAGACAGAUGAAGACCUAGCUAGCCAGUAACUAGCUAACACCAGACAGAUGAAGACCUAGCUAGCCAGUAACUAGCUAACACCAGACAGAUGAAGACCUAGCUAGCCAGUAACUAGCUAACACCAGACAGAUGAAGACCUAGCUAGCCAGUAACUAGCUAACACCAGACAGAUAAAGACCUAGCUAGCCAGUAACUAGCUAACACCAGACAGAUGAAGACCUAGCUAGACAGUAACUAGCUAACACCAGACAGAUGAAGACCUAGCUAGCCAGUAACUAGCUAACACCAGACAGAUGAGGACCUAGCUAGCCAGUAACUAGCUAACACCAGACAGAUGAAGACCUAGCUAGCCAGUAACUAGCUAACACCAGACAGAUGAAGACCUAGCUAGCCAGUAACUAGCUAACACCAGACAGAUGAAGACCUAGCUAGCCAGUAACUAGCUAACACCAGACAGAUGAAGACCUAGCUAGCCAGUAACUAGCUAACACCAGACAGAUAAGACCUAGCUAGCCAGUAACUAGCUAACACCAGACAGAUGAAGACCUAGCUAGACAGUAACUAGCUAACACCAGACAGAUGAAGACCUAGCUAGCCAGUAACUAGCUAACACCAGACACAGAUGAAGACCUAGCUAGCCAGUAACUAGCUAACACUAGACAGAUGAAGACCUAGCUAGCCAGUAACUAGCUAACACCAGACAGAUGAAGACCUAGCUAGCCAGUAACUAGCUAACACCAGACAGAUGAAGACCUAGCUAGCCAGUAACUAGCUAACACCAGACAGAUGAGGACCUAGCUAGCCAGUAACUAGCUAACACCAGACAGAUGAAGACCUAGCUAGCCAGUAACUAGCUAACACCAGACAGAUGAAGACCUAGCUAGCCAGUAACUAGCUAACACCAGACAGAUGAAGACCUAGCUAGCCAGUAACUAGCUAACACCAGACAGAUGAAGACCUAGCUAGCCAGUAACUAGCUAACACCAGACAGAUGAAGACCUAGCUAGCCAGUAACUAGCUAACACCAGACAGAUGAAGACCUAGCUAGCCAGUAACUAGCUAACACCAGACAGAUAAGACCUAGCUAGCCAGUAACUAGCUAACACCAGACAGAUGAAGACCUAGCUAGCCAGUAACUAGCUAACACCAGACAGAUGAAGACCUAGCUAGCCAGUAACUAGCUAACACCAGACAGAUAAAGACCUAGCUAGCCAGUAACUAGCUAACACCAGACAGAUGAAGACCUAGCUAGCCAGUAACUAGCUAACACCAGACAGAUGAGGACCUAGCUAGCCAGUAACUAGCUAACACCAGACAGAUGAAGACCUAGCUAGCCAGUAACUAGCUAACACCAGACAGAUGAAGACCUAGCUAGCCAGUAACUAGCUAACACCAGACAGAUGAAGACCUAGCUAGCCAGUAACUAGCUAACACCAGACAGAUGAAGACCUAGCUAGCCAGUAACUAGCUAACACCAGACAGAUGAAGACCUAGCUAGCCAGUAACUAGCUAACACCAGACAGAUGAAGACCUAGCUAGCCAGUAACUAGCUAACACCAGACAGAUGAAGACCUAGCUAGCCAGUAACUAGCUAACACCAGACAGAUGAAGACUAGCUAGCCAGUAACUAGCUAACACCAGACAAUGAAACUAGCUAGCCAUUAACUAGCUAACACCAGACAGAUUGAGACCUAGCUACCAGUAUAGCUAACACCAGACAGAUGAAAGGGAAGACAUGGAGAAGUAUCUUUGCCGUAGAGGAAUAGUGUAAACUUGUCAUUAUAUUAGCUGAUCCCCUACAGUCACAUGUUGGCACCAGUACAGUAGCUAUCUAGCUAGAGAAACCUCGCCCCCCUCUGUAAACACGCCUUCUCCGAUGUUGGUUACUAGGCGGUACUUUAAUGAGAUAAGAUAAGAUAAAUACCAUGUUACCAUUGGUUAAGAGUUAUCCCCUUAAUAAUCCUGCCUCCUGGACCCAAUUGUUUUACAUGGGGGAGGGGACCAUUAACUUUAUGAUCAAACUUUAUCAAUGUAGUCAUUUUUCAUACAUUGGUCAUCAUACUUUGCUAUGAUGACCAAUGUAUGAAAAACCUUGAGAUGGUUUCAUCCAAAUAUCAUAACAUUUCAUGAAAAACAUGAUUUUGACUGUUGAUGACCUUGGUGGAAAAAGUCAAGGUGUGAAUACUUUCUGAAGGCCAAAUAUAACCAAUCAUAAAUAAUUUAUUGCUCAGUACCUAUAGGACAUUAUUACGGGGGCAUACAGUACCAGUCAAAAGUUUGGACACACCUACUCAUUAAAGGGUUUUUCUUUAUUUUUACUAUUUUCUACAUUGUACAAUAAUAGUGAAGACAUCAAAACUAUGAAAUAAUACAUAUGGAAUCAUGUAGUAACCAAAAAGGUGUUCAACAAAUCAAAAUAUAUUUUAUAUUUGAGAUUCUUCAAAGUAGCCACCCUUUGCCUUGAUGACAGCUUUGCACACUGUGUAUUUCCAUACCCCCCUGUCCCUAUCUGAUCACAGUGUCUGUCUUCAUACCCCGUGUCCCUAUCUGAUCACAGUGUCUGUCUUCAUACCCCCUGUCCCUAUCUGAUCAUAGUGUCUAUCUUCAUACCCCCUGUCCCUAUCUGAUCACAGUGUCUGUCUUCAUACCCCCGUGUCCCUAUCUGAUCAGUGUCUGUCUUCAUACCCCCUGUCCCUAUCUGAUCACAGUGUCUAUCUUCAUACCCCGUGUCCCUAUCUGAUCACAGUGCCUGUCUUCAUACCCCCUGUCCCUAUCUGAUCACAGUGCCUGUCUUCAUACCCCGUGUCCCUAUCUGAUCACAGUGUCUGUCUUCAUACCCCGUGUCCCUAUCUGAUCACAGUGUCUGUCUUCAUACCCCCUGUCCCUAUCUGAUCAUAGUGUCUGUCUUCAUACCCCCUGUCCCUAUCUGAUCACAGUGUCUGUCUUCAUACCCCGUGUCCCUAUCUGAUCAUAGUGUCUGUCUUCAUACCCCCUGUCCCUAUCUGAUCACAGUGUCUGUCUUCAUAACCCCUGUCCCUAUCUGAUCACAGUGUCUGUCUUCAUACCCCCUGUCCCUAUCUGAUCACAGUGUCUAUCUUCAUACCCCCUGUCCCUAUCUGAUCACAGUGUCUGUCUUCAUACCCCCUGUCCCUAUCUGAUCACAGUGUCUGUCUUCAUACCCCCUGUCCCUAUCUGAUCACAGUGCCUGUCUUCAUACCCCGUGUCCCUAUCUGAUCACAGUGUCUGUCUUCAUACCCCGUGUCCCUAUCUGAUCAUAGUGUCUGUCUUCAUACCCUCUGUCCCUAUCUGAUCAUAGUGUCUGUCUUCAUACCCCCUGUCCCUAUCUGAUCACAGUGCCUGUCUUCAUACCCCGUGUCCCUAUCUGAUCACAGUGUCUGUCUUCAUACCCCGUGUCCCUAUCUGAUCAUAGUGUCUGUCUUCAUACCCUCUGUCCCUAUCUGAUCAUAGUGUCUGUCUUCAUACCCCCUGUCCCUAUCUGAUCACAGUGUCUGUCUUCAUACCCCGUGUCCCUAUCUGAUCAUAGUGUCUGUCUUCAUACCCCCUGUCCCUAUCUGAUCACAGUGUCUGUCUUCAUACCCCCUGUCCCUAUCUGAUCACAGUGUCUGUCUUCAUACCCCCUGUCCCUAUCUGAUCACAGUGUCUAUCUUCAUACCCCCUGUCCCUAUCUGAUCACAGUGUCUGUCUUCAUACCCCCUGUCCCUAUCUGAUCACAGUGUCUGUCUUCAUACCCCCUGUCCCUAUCUGAUCACAGUGCCUGUCUUCAUACCCCCUGUCCCUAUCUGAUCACAGUGUCUGUCUUCAUACCCCCUGUCCCUAUCUGAUCAUAGUGCCUGUCUUCAUACCCCCUGUCCCUAUCUGAUCACAGUGCCUGUCUUCAUACCCCCUGUCCCUAUCUGAUCACAGUGUCUGUCUUCAUACCCCGUGUCCCUAUCUAAUCACAGUGUCUGUCUUCAUACCCCCUGUCCCUAUCUGAUCACAGUGCCUGUCUUCAUACCCCCUGUCCCUAUCUGAUCACAGUGUCUGUCUUCAUACCCCCUGUCCCUAUCUGAUCACAGUGCCUGUCUUCAUACCCCCUGUCCCUAUCUGAUCACAGUGUCUGUCUUCAUACCACCUGUCCCUAUCUGAUCACAGUGUCUGUCUUCAUACCCCCUGUCCCUAUCUGAUCAGUGCCUGUCUUCAUACCCCCUGUCCCUAUCUGAUCUGAGUGUAUCUGUCCUCUCCCCCCCAUCUGUCCAGUGAGACACGUCAGGAAGGAUGAGAGGAAGUACUAUGAGGAGCUGCUGAAGUACAGCCGAGAGCACCUGAUGCUCUAUCCAUACCACCUGUCAGACAUCAUG